AUGGCGGAUGCAAUCGACUGGUCAACUUCGGAGCCACCGAAUCGCUAUGUUCUCGCGUACGGUACACAACAUUGCUUAAUUGAGCAGGACUAUGAUCAUUCGAUCUAUGGGGAGUGUGAGUACAUCGCGAGCAGGACUCUGAUCAAGUGCAAAUCUGUCCGCAAAAAGGCUGAUUUGAAAGCCAACGGUGGCAUUUGCGAAAUGCACGCUAGAUUCCAUGACUCCAUCAGAAAUAGAUUUCUUUGUGAGGAGCGCCGCCUCAUGCAAGAUAACGGGCAGAGCAAGCCAAAGUACAGCCCUUUUCUCAACCAAGAUGGUCUCAUAUGUGAAGAGUUCCCAUGGUUGAUGCCCAGUCACCGAUGGGAGUCUCCGUUGCCCCGCACAAUUUACGACGAUGCCCCAGACGAUGAUCCCGUGGCACCUUUGAGGCAUGCAGGAGUUUACACUGAAAAAGACAUUUUGAAGAUGAGAAAGGCGUUGACAGAAAGAAAGAUUGAGUGCCUCAAGCUUCACGGUGAAAUGAUGGUGGAAAGGGCUCGGAGGAGAGCAAACGAUUUGUUCAGCAAGAAUGGAAAAGUGAUCACUCUCGGAGAGACCGCCGCAGCCGUUGCCGCAGCAUGUGCUUCUUUAGAUGACUACGGCCGGAUACUCAAACGAAUAGUGGCGUCUCAGAAGUACAAGAGCGGAGAGUGGGUGAGAACCGAGCCUCCUCGUUGUUCAUUCGGAAAGGCGUCGAAAAAUGCUUUGUCAAAGGACGAUCAGGACUCUAUCUCAUCCGUAGUUGAUGCAAUUGUGGAUUGUGUGGUUGAAGGAAAAGAGGAUUUUGUCGAUUACUUGAAACUUCAGGAAAACAGAGCGCCCGAUGUGAUCGAACUUCAUCAAGAAGUGAAACAGUGCACAGCUCCUGCUAUCCCGCUCAGCGAUUACUGCAUUGCACAUCAAAUGUUGGACGAACGACAGAAUAUGCUUUUUCCGUGCAGUGUUUGUCACACAAUGUGCAUUGAUAUACAUUCGCCUCCUUUGUGCGGAAAGCACCUAGUCGAUUUUGCCAAAGGCAAACGUAUCCCCGUGAAAGACACAAGAAUGCCAGUUUCACCUUUGAUAAACCUCUCAUCAGGAGUUCCGCCGAUAUCUCCUUUAUCCAAACUAAAAUAUGGAGCAGUUAUUUCAGCAGUUAAUGAUCCUUUUCAAAGCCAUUGUUUGGACUGCCUUCGAGCGCGGCUCCCUCACCUUUUGAUUCGUCCUUUCAACCGAUCCAAUUUCCCUCCAAAACCAUCGGUACCGCGGCGUAUUACUGUAGCCACACGUCCUCCAAUACCCGUGCGUAGACCGGGCUUUGCUGAAGGAACUCUGAUGCAGUCACAGUCCGGACAAAUCUCGCGCCCGGACUCUCUUGGUAAUCGUAUCGCGGCUGGUUCUGACCAGUUCGGUCAGCGCCAAUUCCCUGUGCCGACCGUCACGGAGAUUCCAGCAACCACAGCGUUUUCUACAGAAGUCCUUAUCGAAGAUCGUCGCACUCCUCCACGUUCUCAGAGCCAGCAAGCCUACGAACCUGGGUCGAGUCGACUCCCUUCACAAACUCGCCCUUUUAUUUCGUCGUACAGGAGACAACCUCAGCCAGUCAUUCGUCAACCUGGUGUGCAAUAUGUUCGCGAAGGAACUUCUCACCAAGAAGCAUCCUCUUUGCCUCCUCCACCUGAUCCACCCCUACUCCCAUAUUCCCACGGCUAUGUACGUCCUAUACCGUUGGAAAGGGGAUCUCCUACUCCUGCGGAGAAUGAAUCGAGAUCAGGAAGUCGUAACGACACCGCUCCGUCUGGAGAUCCGUCGCCACGAGGGACUGGUGUGCUUAAUCCAAGAGACGCUCAGCCGAUUGAAGAGUCAGUACCUGAUCAGGAUGAUCGCAUUCUGGCGCCUCCUCCUCCUCCACCUAUACUUCGAUCUCGAUUUCCUUCAAUCCUUCGAAAAACUGAUGGUGCUCCGAUUCCGCCAGGUUCUGCUAUCCCUCAACAGCCAAGUCCUUCCAGCUUGGCCCAGCGGCCUCCACCACCUGCUCCAAGACCUCCACCAGCUUCGCGUCCCUUGCCGCCUCACCGUCUGCUGAACAUGGCACCUCGUCCUGUUCCACCUCAUCGUCUUAUCAAAUCUCUACCGCUGCCUGUAGUCCCUGCUCCCAGAGCUCCGAAACCACCUACGAACACGGACUCUGGUAAUGCUUCUGAGAAGUCUCAGGAGUACGGUGCGCUGUCGAGCGCCCUGCUUCAUCAAGUACCACUACUCAGGGAAGUCUUGAAAAGGCACUCAUUGACAAAGCAAACGCAUUAUCAUCUGCGGAUUUGGAUCCUCUGCGCAUCCUUCGCUGAUGUGUCCGAAGCAGCACGGGAUAGUGUCGCAUCGAGUGCAGCGAUGUCGACUGCAGCUGCAUCAGCUCCGACUCAGCAAAGUGCUCCUGCUCAGCAAAGUGCUCCUCAGGCGUCGACGAAUGUGGCGAGCAAUGGUGACGACGACGACGAUUUUGAGGAAGAAUUGUAG